GCUGCUGCUGACCCAUUCCUUGAUUCCGCAUACCUUGGUUCGGCUGGUUCUGUCCAUCAAACCCAGAACGUGACGGUGCCCACCAAAGCGGUCUCCUUGGUGCACGCAUAUGGUGAUGAUUGCGGCGUCGCGGCGACCAGUGGGUGCCCUUGUGUCGUGCCGCCUGCCUGGGGGGCGAUGUUCUGUUGUUGGUGCGGUACGGCAUUCUGCUGCUGACGUGACGGAUCUUGCGCGGCUUGCGUAUCCCCCCCAUGCCCAAGAGAAGACGCUACUCCCGUCUGCGGUUGUAUGGUUUGCGGGAGCGGGAUGGGCGGCAUCACCAGACGAGUCAGCCAACCAUCAUCAUCAAUGCUAACCCAACCCGCCUCCAGAGCGUCCGCCUUCUGUCCGGCGAUCCUGUCCGCGACAACUUCCGGGUCGGAUUCGGCGAAUCGCUCCACGAUGCACUUAACCUCUACCGCGGCGCGCAACGGGUCCUGCAGCAUCGCCGGGGUGAGUGUCACCCACCACGACGGAUAGGUGUCGAUCGCGCGCCCGUACGCAUCGCGGCCGGUCGGGAAGAGGCGGAAUUUGAGCUCGGCGUAUGAGCCAUCCAUGCCCACGGGAAUAACGGUAUAAUAUCUAUCGCGACGCAGGCGGCUCGCGUCAGUGGUCGCACGGGGCUCAGAUUCAGGUAAGUGAACCUGCGCGCCUGACGCUUCCCUCUGGGCUUGCAGGGCGGCAUCAUCCCUCUCUGAGUGCUCCUGCAGCGCCUGGUGGACGGCACAGUCGGCGGCGUCAUACAGGUCUUGCGCCGACUCAUCUCGGUGUGCAGCAUGACGGGUGAAUGCAUGAUCUCUACAUAGACACACAUCAAGCCCAAAGGUGCGUGCGCAGGUGUGUGCUCACAGAGACGUUCAUCAUAUACACACACUCUAAAUCCAGACGUGCGUGCGUAGGUGUCUGCACACUCCAAGUCGACGCGUGCAUGCGCAGAUAUGCGCGCAGGGAGGCACUCUUCUAGGUAGCUGCUUCAUAAUUGGAUAAGGAAGCGCUGCAUUUCUUGUCUAGAUCACACUACUCUGUACAUGUACUUCCACGUUGCAGACUCUCCUGACCCUGUAUUAAAAGAAUAAGUCGCUGCACCUUUGCAUUCUCAUAUGCAUAAAUUCCACCCAACCGAUAUAUACCGGUACAUAUGGACCCGCCUGAAUGAAUACGUCAGAAAAACGGAGCAAAUGCGUAUACUACAUCCCCAUUUGGGUUCCUUUUUGGCGGGGCGAUUAGUAUGUGCUUCAACUAUGCUUCCAGGUAAGUGGCCCUGCAGGACAUCCACAGCAACAAAGUGUGUGUGUAUUCGUGUGUAUCAAAAAACAGGAAUAGCACAUUGACGGACAUCCAUGGGACAUCGGGCAUCCAUCGGGCGUUUUGAAUCAACCACCACACACACUUACAAACAUUAUCACGUACACACAAAAGCGUCUCUCUCUCUCUCUCAUGCAGCAAAACUCUUCAAUAGAGCCUCACACAAGCACGCAUCCAUCCGUUUUUUCAGCCUGCAUUGGUGACGACGUCAUGGAUGGCGUCGGCCAGAUAGCCCACAUUGCCAUUGGUGAGUGCCGCCACGUUCAGCCGGCCGUUCCGCAGCAUGUACACGUGCCACUUAGUUAGCAGCUGCUCGCACAGACCGUCCUCUCGCACAUCAAACAAACCAUCAGGUCACACCGACCCCCCACCGCACCAGUACCGUGCGCCUUAGACAAGCCUGUGAAUGAAAACCUGUUGACAACACACACAAAGAGGGAGGGAGGGAGGGACAAGACACACAUUUGUCGGUUUCUGUAUGCAUUUCCUCUCUGCCUCUCUCCCUCGCCAACGUACAUGCCGAUCUGUUGAGUGAUGUGCUCCCAGCUCCCGCGUGUGCCCUUCUUCUCGAUGGCCUCCCUCAGCUGCCGCCUCAUGGACGCCACACGGCUGCUCACAUCCGCCAGCUGCGACUCCCACUCAGUGCGGUACUUGGUCAGCAGCAGCAGCGCCAGACGACCGCCGUGAGAUGGGGGGGAGAAGUACAUCGGCCUGCAUUGCACAGAGAGAGAGAGAGAGAGAGAGGUGGACUGAUGGCAGGGCGUGUGGGGGGUUGGGUGUGACCUGAUGGUUUGUUUGAUGUGCGAGAGGACGGUGCAAAACCACCAAAAACAUGCACCAUUGUGCCGAGUCUUCCAGUCCCUCCCCAUAAUAAAUGCCAGCCGCACAUACAUAAACACCAACACCCCCUUUGUGGCACAUACCCCCUUUGUGGCACAUACACAAACGUUUGUUACGACCCGAACGGACGGGCAAGGAGGACACACGCACCAAAUCCUCCAUCCACCGCAAUCAAGCCCGUGGACAUGAUGACGUCCUGGACCAAAAUCAUCGAACACACAACAUCGCACGUGCACGUAAUCCAUACAAAAUCUCAUGCACCACAUAAAGGACUGCAUAUUCGCUUUGCGAUGAUGCGAUGGCCGUUGCCCUCAACACGCAUAGUGCGCUCUUCUGCGCAUUCGCUUGUUUACUGUCACAUCAAACCGCCUCUCAACUUGCGGCGCUCGCCAGCGUCAUCAGGCGUGUUUCCUAUCACGCCGAUCUACCACACACACACACACACACACACACCCCACCAUGCCAUAUGAUGGAUAAUUGGCCUUGUGGACGUGUCAAACAUACGUUUUCCGUGAGAUCGUAUUCAGUCCAGUUGGGCAUCCACAAAAGGCUGUGUCCGUCUCUGGACGGACAUGCAGGUCAUGAUCACACCAGACAUUCCUGCAAUGCUAUUGGCUGUGCCGUCUUUUUCCACAUACGUGACAUUUGACACGAUCUUGAAGUCGCCAACUCUCGCGUCGAUGACCGCGACGCCAGUGUAGUGUGCGCACACCUGCGCAUGCACGUGUGGACUUGGAGUGCGUGUAUAUGAUUGAUGUCUCUGUGCGCAUGCACGUGUCGACUUGGAGUGCGUGUAUAUGAUGAAUGUCGUCUUGGAGUGUGUGUAUAUGAUGAAUGUCUGUGUGCGCACACCUGCGCAUGCACGUGUGGACUUGGAGUGCGUGUAUAUGAUGAAUGUCUGUGUGCGCACACCUGCGCAUGCACGUGUGGACUUGGAGUGCGUGCCUCUGAUGAAUGUCUGUGUGCGCACCCUUGCGCAUGCACGUGUCGACUUGG